AUGGAUUUGGAUUCUAAGAGGCAAGCAAUAGCUGAAGAUAGGAUCAGUGCAUUACCAGAUGCAAUUCUAUGUCACAUACUUUCCUACUUUGAACCGGAAUAUAGAAAAUGUGCUGUCCGAACCUGCAUUUUGUCCAAAAGGUGGAAGAACAUAUGGCCUUAUGUUCUCAAUCUCUACUUAAACUAUGAAGAUUUCUCCUCCUCUGCUGAUUUUAUAGCGUUUGUUGACCGUGCACUUCUCAUUCGUGACUCAUUAUCCAUUCAAAAGUUUCAUCUUCAUUGCAACAGUUGUCAAGCUGAGGAUUUCCCACGCAUUGAUAGUUGGAUUCGCAGUGCCAUCAGGUGUAAGGUUAUAGAACUAUAUCUUUCUGUUGAUUCAGAUAGAGAAGAUAUGUUUGAGUUGCCUGAAAGCCUUUUGACUUGCGAAACACUCAUGGUUUGGAAGCUCUGGUCAAAUUACAUUAUCAAAAUUCCUAAAGCAGGGUGUUACCCAAGUCUCAAGUCUUUAGAUGUUGAGUUUAUGCAUCCUAGUCUCUUCAAUCCAGAUAAUGAUCUUGAAAGGCUUGAUGUCCAGGAGGACUUUUUGUCAAAUUAUGUCUUCGUGAAUACAACAUCCCUAGUGGAGGCCAAUAUUCAUUCCUCUGUGAAACGUGCAAGAAAGUUUCUGGCUGGAAUUUCCAGUGUUAAAUGCCUGACUAUUUCAUCUUCUUUCUCUAUGGCUUGUUCUGCGGCUGCUUUUGAUAAUUUGCGUGAGUUGAAGGUGGUUCUUGAGAUGGACUAUUUUAAGUGGAAGUGUAAAAAAGCUAAAGAAGUUUUUGCAGACGUACUGCGUUGGAGUCCACCAGAGUUUGUGCCGAACUGUUUGCUGUCACACCUCAAGACCAUCUGCAUAAAGGGGUUCAAGGGAAAGGGAUUCUUUGGAUAUCAAGAUGAGAAGGAAGUGGUUAAGUACUUGUUAAAGAAUGGCCAAGUUUUGCAGAGGAUGGCUAUUUAUUCUCCUGGUCUUUCUAGGAGUGCAGAAGAGGCGUUGCAUGAGGAAUUUUCAACUCUCGAAAGGGAUUCAAACACUUGUCAAAUUGAGCUCGUCACAGAGAUUGCUUGUUGGUGUCCGUGA